AUGUUUGUGCCCACUUUGUAUCUGAAGCUGUUGCUAUUGGCCAACUUUGCAAAACAAUCUUUCGCUCAGGAACUUCAGUUAAUCGACGACACAAAUUUAACAUAUUUAGAUAAAGCACCACCAAUCGAUUUGCGGACUAAUGUAUAUGAAAAGGAAUUAAAUCGGGAGGACAAGGCUCUCAUUCGCUAUUUAGGGGCUGCAAAGUUAGUGAUCUAUUACGCUGACUUGGAACUGGCACUAGGGGUCUUGUUGAACUAUGAGAUAACAGUGCAUGAUAUCCUCGGAGGAGAGGGUCUUCGAGUUAUGAGGCAGUUCCUUGACACCCUGUGUACCUUACAACCCCUAAGCACACCCCUCCAACUUCAAUUUCUCAAGGAUUUUAAAAAAUAUCUAAACUGUGGUGUUCGUUUCUUUGGACAUGAGAUACACGAAUGGAUAGUUGACUACGAGGAGAAAAAUGGCAAGGUCUUUGCUGCCACGGACUACGUGGGAUGCCAUGGAUCAAAGCCGGAGUUAAGGGGCUGGACCUGCACCCUGUGGCAGCUUUUUCACUUCAUGACCGUCCAGGGAUCCGACCUUGGAGAGGGGUUCUUCCGGCCACCCUACAAAGCUGGCGAUAUGAUCAAGCUGAUUAUGAAUUUUGUCAAGAACUUCUACGCCAGAUGCCCGGAUUGCUGCGAAUUCUUUGUGGACAUGGCGAACGAAAAGAAAUACGAUUGGUUUAAAUACCAUGACGAGGAGAUCAUGUGGCUGUGGGAAUUUCACAACGCUUUUUCAAAAAAAAAAAUGCUUCGGCUUUUAGGUUUAACGUAUGGUAAGAGCCUCCUCUUUAUCCUAAUUAUCCAAGGAACACUUUCGAGAGCUGAAAAGGCAACUCUGUACUCAAAAUAUGAUAAUGUUCAUAUGGUAACCGGCACCACUUUGCAGGGAUCUUUGACUGACCCCGCUCUCGGAAAGUUGGUGCAGUUUAUGAACAUUUUUUGCGGACACUGCCGCAGAUUUGCACCCGUCUUUAAGAAAAUGGCCAUAGGAUUGCAAAAGUGGAACCGAGUUCUCCGGAUAUAUGCUGUGGACUGUGCCGAAGAGGUGAACGUGAGGCUAUGUCGUGAUUUUGCCAUUAAAUCGACCCCCACUCUGCGCUAUUAUCCUUCCAAAUUUCUAAAGUCGCAAAUGGAUCUCGGCACCAAUAUUGGCACUACUGAUCCUGAGAAAAUCGUUAAACUACUUACUGGCUAUCUGGCCAAAAAUGACUACAGUGGAACGAAGAAACUGAAGCCCAUCUUUGAGCCAAUUCAGUCGACUGAGAAUGUUUCCACCAUCUUCGAUCGAUUUGGCCACAAUCUGUCAUACAUUUUGCUUGUUCUUCAGCCACAGAACUCUUGGAUUGGAAUACAAACGAUUCUCGACCUGCUUCCUUUUCCAGAUGUGGGUGUUCGGAUACUGAAUGAUGCUCAGCUCUUCAUAAAUUUCGGACUGCAGCCAAGUGACCAACAAAUAGUUCUCUUAGAUGGAUCUGGUAAGGUAGAACCACUUACGCCUGCCAAUGAAAGUAGUUCUGCCUAUGUGGCCAGUGUUGAAGAGUUUCUGGGCCAAAAAGGGCAUACCAGUAUUCCCCGAUUGCCGACCACAAUAAGUCCAAAAGAGAUCUUGCCAAUGGGACUCGAUGCUGUUAUACUGAAAUCUAUGAUAGUCUCACCACCCACAGUCUACCAAGCGGACUUGGAACAGGCUAUUGACCAACUCAUCCACAUUGAAAUACCUAAGACGCCACUUAUAAAAGGCGAAAGCUUAAUGGUUCUUCGAUUGCUUAUAAAGUUGUUUCAGCGUUUUAAUCCUUUAAACAAAGACGGAAGACAACUAAUGGACCGCCUCUUAAACCACCUCUUCUUGGUUAAUGAAAUCACAGGAGAUGAGUUCUUAACCGUUGUAAACAAUAUUGAAAAAAGUCCGGGGAGGAUAUUCAGGGGCAAGCGAUACGUCGGUUGUAUUGGGUCAAAACCUUUUACGCGAGGUAUAACCUGUUCGUUUUGGAUCCUGUUCCAUUACCUAACCGUAAUGUCGGCGAAAAGCCCCGAUGCUUUUCCUCCAGGCACCGUGAUAAAAAGCCUAUAUGGUUUUGCCAAGUACUUUUUCGGCUGUACGGAUUGCUCUCAGCACUUCCAAAAGAUGGCCAGGAGGCGAAAAAUACGAUCCGUCAAGAAACAUGACAAGGAGAUCCUUUGGCUGUGGGAAGCCCACAACGAAGUGAAUAAGCGAUUGUCUGGCGAUCCCACAGAGGAUCCCAUGUUCCUCAAAGUGCAGUUCCCGUUGAAAAAACACUGCUCGGCCUGCUAUAAAUCGAAUAGAUGGAACUCAGCUCAGGUUCUAAAAUUCCUAAAACGCAUUUACAAUCUCAAAAGUGUUAGCUUCUACGGAUUGCCCACUUUUAAUCGUUCCUAGAAAUUGACAAGGCUAGUAUAUCGUUUAUCAGAAUAUAAUUAAAAGUCAAGUUAUUGCCACUUAAGUUUUUAGUAUAUUUACUGCUUCUCUACCCAUGUUACCUUGAGCUAAGAUUUUUGAUAUCUUGUUUCUGUAUCUACAUAUAAACAAAUAUGAAAUUCGUGAAUUCUUUUGGGCGUACCUGCAUAGAAUAGC